AUGGCGACGAAGACCGAUGCAAUGGUGAAGGAGCCCCCGAUGGAGGCAUUCAAGCUCCUACAGAACAACACGAAUUCAAAUUGGAUCAAAGACAGGGGACUCCGUAAAUUGAAUCUGGCUAUUAUGUUCAUGUUCUCCACUUCUUCUUCGGCCGGGUAUAUUGGAAAUCUUGUGAAUAGCUUGCUUGUGCUGCCUGCGUUUGGUGAAAUAAUUGGCGGGCUGAAUCCCAAUAUAGUUGGUGUGAUAAUUGCUGCCACUUCAGUGGGAGCGUUGGUAUCCUUCGCGCCAGCCUCUUAUAUCGCCGAUAAGUUCGGACGCAAGACAUGUGUUUGCAUUGGCUCCAGCAUUGUCAUCGUGGGGGCGAUUAUCUCAACCUUAAUAAAAAGCCACUGGGCCUUUUUUGGCACGAGAGUCUUGUCGGGUAUAGGGAUGGGAAUGACCCAGACUGCAGCUCCUCUCCUGGCAACUGAGAUCGCACACCCUCGACAGCGACAGACGGCCACGGCCCUCUAUAAUGGGUGUUGGAGUCUGGGCGCUAUUGGCUCGGCAGCGGUUACGUAUGCAACUAUAGGCAUAGCCAACACUUGGUCGUGGAAACUUCCUUGUCUGCUACAGAUAUCAUAUCCGUUGCUCCAGAUCCUGGGGCUGGUCAUGUUUGUGCCCGAAAGCCCCAGAUGGCUUGUAUCCCAAGGAAGGAAAGAUGAAGCCUUGGCUAUGCUAGGGAAGUACCACGCAAAUGGAGAUACAGAGGACGAGCUGGUCCAGUAUGAGUACCAUUUGAUAUGCAGCACGAUCACAGCCGAGAUUACCGACACAAGGAACUGGAGCUCCUUCUUCUCAUCUAGAGGCGAUAUGCACCGAUUGACCAUCUGUGUAUUAGUUGGGUUCAUGCAAGAAUGGGCUGGAAAUGGGCUCCUCUCCUACUACCUUGCGCCGAUUCUCAGAUCAGUGGGCAUCACCAAGGCAUCUGAUCAAGCAGCCGUGAAUAUCAGCCUCAAUGCCUGGAAUUUCCUUCUUACGGGGGCUGGUGCCCUUGCGUCGGAGCGAUACGGCCGCCGCAUUCUGUGGCUUAUUUCCACAGUGGCCAUGAUCGUCUUCCUGUCCAUGUCCACGCUGGCCGCUGGUCUUUUUGCUGAGAGACAUCUUUCUGCUGCUGCGCUAGCUGUGGUUCCACUUCUAUUUCUCUUUUUUGGUGCAUAUGACAUCGGUUAUGCGCCUUUGUUCAUGUCGUAUCCAGCUGAGAUCCUACCCUUCCAGCUGCGUGCCAAGGGCAUUGCUGUCACCCUUUCGGCGGACGCUGUGGCGUGUUUUUUCAACCAAUAUGUCAACCCAGUGGCGUUCACAGCGAUUGCAUGGAAGUAUUACUGUGUCUUUCUUGGGUGUCUGGUAAUGUUCUUGGUUCUUAUAUACUUCCUCUUCCCAGAGACGAAGGGGCGGUCUUUGGAAGAAGUUGCUAUGAUUUUCGACAAGGAAAAGUCGGAUAAUGACAGUCAAAAGAAGAAAGAGACAAGAUGA